AUGGCUAAAGAGUUCAAAUCCAAGAAAAGUGGGAAACCAUCUCACUCAAGAUCCUCAAAGGAUCAUUCUAAAAAAGGUGUGAAGAGACGUCAUCAUGAAGCUGAAGAAGAACAUCAUGAUGAUAAUGAAAAAUUAGUUGAUGAAUUAGAUAAUGAAUAUGAAGAAAUUGCUGGUUUAUUAGGUGCUAAUGUUGAAAAAGAUGAUGAUGAUGAAGAAAGUGAAGAUGACGAAGAAGAAGAAGAAGAAAAAGAAGAAGAAGAAGUUGAAUCAGGUGAUAAUGAAAAGAUUGAAGCAUCACUACCACAACAAGUUGUUGAAGAGUUAGCUACUGAUUCUGCAAAGUUUACUGAUUUAAAUUUAUCUGCACCAACUUUGAAAGCAAUUGGAGAAAUGGGAUUCACUACAAUGACUCCGGUUCAAGCCAGAACAAUCCCACCAUUAUUAGCUGGUCGUGAUGUUUUAGGUGCAGCUAAAACAGGUUCCGGUAAAACUUUAGCAUUUCUAAUCCCAGCCAUUGAAAUGUUGUAUUCAUUGAAAUUCAAACCAAGAAAUGGUACAGGUGUUAUUAUUAUUACACCAACAAGAGAACUAGCUAUGCAAAUUUUUGGUGUUGCUAAAGAAUUAAUGGCUCAUCAUUCCCAAACUUUUGCACUAACUAUUGGUGGUAACAAUCGUCGUGCAGAAGCUGAAAAACUGAUCAAAGGUGUUAAUCUAAUAGUUGCCACUCCUGGUAGAUUACUGGAUCAUUUACAAAAUUCUAAAGGUUUUGUUUUCAAAAAUUUGAAAGCUUUAGUUAUUGAUGAAGCUGAUCGUAUUUUAGAUUUUGGUUUUGAAGAAGAGAUGAGACAAAUCAUCAAAAUUUUACCAAAUGAAGGUAGACAAACUUUCUUAUUUUCAGCUACACAAACUACAAAAGUUGAAGAUUUAGCUAGAAUUUCAUUAAGACCUGGUCCAUUAUUCAUAAAUGUCGCAGCAAAAGAAUUGAAUUCCACAGCUGAUAGAUUAGAACAAGGUUAUGUUGUUUGUGAAAGUGAUAAAAGAUUCUUGUUGUUGUUUUCAUUCCUAAAGAAAAAUAUCAAGAAGAAAAUUAUUGUGUUUUUUUCAUCAUGUAAUUCUGUUAAAUAUUAUAGUGAAUUAUUAAACUAUAUUGAUUUACCAGUAUUAGAUUUACAUGGUAAACAAAAGCAAGCAAAACGUACAAAUACAUUUUUUGAAUUCAUCAAUGCUGAAAGGGGUAUAUUAUUAUCUACAGAUGUUGCCGCAAGAGGAUUAGAUAUUCCAGCUGUUGACUGGAUUAUUCAAUUCGAUCCACCUGAUGAACCAAAAGAUUAUAUUCAUAGAGUUGGUAGAACUGCAAGAGGUACUAAAGCUACUGGUAAAUCACUUAUGUUUUUAUUACCAAGUGAACUAGGAUUCUUGAGAUAUUUAAAAGCUGCUAGAGUCCCAUUAAAUGAAUAUGAAUUCCCAACAAAUAAAAUUGCAAAUAUUCAAAGCCAACUGGAAAAAUUGAUUACUACAAAUUACUUUUUACAACAAUCAGCUUCAGAUGGUUAUAGAUCAUAUUUACAAUCAUACUCUUCACAUUCUUUGAAAUCUGUUUAUCAAAUUGAUAAGUUGGAUUUAGUCAAAGUUGCAAAAUCAUAUGGGUUUAAAGUUCCACCAAAAGUUAAUAUUACUAUAGGUUCAAGUGUUACCAAAACUAAUAAGAAAGAUAAACAUGACCAAAGAAAAAAAGUGAAGCGUUGA